AUGACCACCACAACAACAUCCGCCCUCGCCACAGCAACCGGCUGCGGCGCCUCAGUCUACCAAAUCCCCAUCACCGACGCAGCCUGCGCCGCCAAAAUCUCCGGCAACAUAACCUCCGUCUUCGACACCUGCUGUAAAGGCAACAGCCCAGUCAAAUACGAUUCCGACUGCGGCAUCUACUGUCUCGCGCAGGGACAGACCGUCGGCGAACUCUCCGAUUGCCUGAUGAGCCAGUCGAACAAUUACCGUGAUAUUUUCUGCGAAGGAAAGCAGAAUGCUACUGCCACUGCGGCGGCGACUACGACGAAGAGUACCUCGACGAAGAGUACCUCGACGACCACGAGCACGCACUCGAGUACUGGGACUAGUACCAGUACUAAUGCCGCGGCCGUGAAUGGUGUUAGUAAGGGUGGAUUGGGUGUUCUAGCUGUCUUGUUUUGUUCUGGGGUAAUGGGACUUUUUGCUUGA